AUUUUAUCUACUCCUUGAGCAUGUAAUUGACGUUAAUUACCUCCACCAAUAAAUAAAUAAAAACCUUUGAUUGAAUGGUAAUGGUUUUGUUAUUGUGAACAAAACCUCAUUAUAUGCUCAAAUAACCUUUUUAAGAUGUUGUUUUCCUAAAAUCUAGGAUAACUAUAAUUGUCAUCUUUUUUUGUAGAAAAUCUAAAAGCUAUUUAACUCUGGUUUUCCGCCAACCAAAAAAACUUCAUUGUUUCAAAAGAUAUGGCAUUGUUUACAUGCAAAUAUUUUUGUUUUAUCGUGGCUCUCUUUGCAAUCUCAUUGAAACUAUGUUAUUGCCAUAAUAAAACCCACUGGAACGACGCCGGCAUAACUUGGUAUGGUGAACGAGAAGGUUUUGGUAGUUCAGGAGGAGCUUGUGGAUACGGUGAUGCAGUUGCAAAACCACCAUACAACUGUAUGAUUUCAGCCGGAGGACCUUCAAUCUACCAAGAUGGCAAGGGUUGUGGGACAUGUUAUGAGGUCGUAUGCCACCAUCCGUUUUGCACGAAAAGGCCGGUCAAGGUGAUGAUAUCGGAUGAGUGUCCCGGCUGCACGAAGUCGGCGGUCCAUUUUGAUCUUAGCGGUAGGGCCUUUGGUGCAUUGGCCAAACCUGGCCAAGGCGAUCAAUUACGUAACCUUGGAGAAUUAAAGGUCAAAUACAAGCGUGUAUUUUGCGAACACCCUAAUAGUAAAAUAGCUAUUCAUAUUGACCCCGGAGCAAAUCCAUACUACAUGUCGUUCGCUGUUAAAUUUGUAAAUGGUGACGGAAACUUUGAAUGUGUGGAGGUCAAACCGGCCGGCGAAGCAUACAUAAAAAUGGAGGCGAUGAGAUCCGCCGUUUGGAAACUUAACGCCGGUCGUGCAUUAAAAGGUCCUUUCGACGUUCGGCUUACCUCCGCUGUAACCAAAACAGUGCUAGUGGCUAAAAGUGUUAUCCCGGAAAAAUGGAAUCCCGGUGCUAUUUACCAUUCCCAUGUUAACUUCGCCGUGCCCAAGUUCGUUCACAAGAAACCUGUUCACCACAAACCCAUUCACCGUAAACCCAUUCACCACAAACCCAUCCACCACCAUAAACCCAUCCAUCACAAACCCAUUCACCGUAAACCCAUUCACCACAAACCCAUCCACCACCAUAAACCCAUCCAUCACAAACCCAUCCACCGUAAACCCAUUCACCGGAAACCCAUCCACCGCAAACCCAUCCACCGCAAACCCAUCCACCGCAAACCCAUCCACCGCAAACCCAUCCUCCGUAAACCCAUCCACCACCGUAAACCCAUUCACCAUAAACCCAUCCACCGUAAACCAAUCCACCGUAAACCCUGCCACCACUAACCCCCUCACAAGACACACAAAUGAUAACAUUUUUCCCCUUCAAACAAAUUGUAAUGUUUGAAAGAAGAAAAACAUGGGGUUGCAAAUUUUGCAAAUGAUAGUAAUUAUUUUAAAAUUACAAGGUCAUGUGGGUUUAGUGUUGUAGUCGCUCGGCCUCAGAAGCCCACGAUAUUAUAAAAAGGGGUGGGCUACUUGCUACUUAGCUUGCCUUGUAUAAUAAUAAAAUUUUUGAAUUGUACUUGACUUGUUAAAAACGAAUACUUGAUCAAAAAUGAAUUACUUGCAAGUUACUUGUCCCGUUUUACUACUUUUUAUUUACGGAUACUUGUGAAUUAUUUACGAGUACUUGUAAACUAUUUACGAGUACUUGUGAACUAUUUACGAGUUUUUCUGAAUAUUUAAAAACUACUUACUAAAUAAUACUCUAUAAAAAAUAGACAUGAAAGUUUAUUUUGUUUAUUCUACUAAAAUUAACAUGUGAAUUACUUUAAACAAAAUAUUUGUUCAUAUUUUAAAAAAGACAAAAAAAGAAUAUGAAUAUUUUGAUAUAUAAGCAUUGUAUAAUUUUCAUGAUGACGAAAAUAUCUUCUUUAAAUAAAUAACAGGUGAUAACAAGCCGUAUAGCCAAAUUUUUAAUAUUUGUUACUAUUUAAUAUUAGUCGAAUAUUUAAAAAUUAAGACUGACACAAAACAAAUAACAAGUAUAAGAAGAAUAAUGAGUAUUUGUGUCCAUCCUAAAUACAAGUAAAAGAAAAGACAAAUAUGAACAAAUAUUUAAUAGAUUAUUUAACAAAUA